AUGAGCGAACCUGCGACCCUCGACCGCCGCUACCGCACCCGCGGCGGCAUCACGGUCCACCGCCGCGAUUUGGAGGUGGACGGCGAGCCUGCGGCCGCGGCCCUGGUCGAGCGGCUGGAUCGCCACCCCGGCGUCUUCAUGUCGUCCUGCUUUGAGUUCCCCGGCCGCUACACGCGCUGGGACUUAGGCUUUGCCGCCCCGCCGCUCGCCAUCACCUGCCGCGGGCGCGAUUUCGAGGUCACGGCGCUGGAGCCGAGAGGCCAGCGCGACCUGGUGCUCUUCGUGCCGGACGAGAUCCUGGUCGUCGAUCACAUGUCGGACCGGGCGAUGUGGCACCGCUACGAUUUCGUCACCCAGGCCGGCGACACGCGCGACAUGGCGCGUGCGCCUCGGGAGGACGCCUACGCGCCUGCACCCCUCGGCAACAACCCGCCUGCCAACGACCACCAGCCGGGCGAAUACCCGGCGGCUGUGGAGCGCGCCAGGGAUGCGUUCCGCCGGGGCGACCUCUUCGAGGCGGUGCUGAGCCAGCAGUUCAGCGAAGCCUGCGCCGAUGCGCCGUCCGCGGUGUUCGACCGGCUGCGCACCGUGAAUCCCGCGCCCUACUGCGCGCUGAUGAACCUGGGCGCCGGCGAGUUCCUGGUCGCCGCCUCGCCCGAGAUGUAUGUGCGGGUCGAGGGCCGCCGUGUGGAGACCUGCCCGAUCUCGGGCACCAUCGCCCGCGGCAAGGACGCGUUGGGGGACGCCGCCCAGAUCGCGAAGCUCCUCAACUCGGCCAAGGACGAGGCCGAGCUCACCAUGUGCACCGACGUCGAUCGCAACGACAAGUCGCGCAUCUGCGAGCCGGGCUCCGUGCGGGUGAUCGGGCGCCGGCAGGUGGAGCUCUACUCGCGCCUGAUCCACACGGUGGAUCACGUGGAGGGCAUCCUGCGCCCUGAGUUCGAUGCGCUCGACGCCUUCCUCAGCCACACCUGGGCGGUGACGGUGACCGGCGCGCCCAAGCACUGGGCGAUCCGCUUCAUCGAGGCGAACGAGCGCUCGGCGCGGCGCUGGUACGGCGGCGCCAUCGGCCGCAUCGGCUUCGACGGGGCGAUGAACACCGGCCUCACGCUCCGUACCGUGCGCAUGAAGGACGGAAUCGCCGAGAUCAGGGCCGGCGCCACGCUGCUCUACGACAGCGAGCCGCAAGCCGAGGAUGAGGAGUGCCGGCUCAAGGCGUCCGCGCUAUUCACGGCCGUGCGGGCUGAGGCCGCGCCCGCGCCGGCGCACGCGCCCUCGGCCCGGCCGGGGACUGCGCGGCGCGUGCUCCUGGUCGAUCACGAGGAUUCGUUUGUCCAUACGCUCGCCAACUACCUGCGCCAGACCGGCGCCCAGGUCGAGACGCUCCGGCCCGAGCCCGCGCGCCAAGCGUUGCGGGAGGGCGCGCCCGAUCUCGUCGUGCUCUCGCCCGGCCCCGGCCGGCCCAAGGAUUUCGGCACCGCCGAGACGAUCGCUCUCGUGCUGGCGAAGGACGUGCCGCUGUUCGGCGUUUGCCUCGGGUUGCAGGCCGUGGCCGAGUAUUUCGGCGGCCGGCUCGACCAGCUCGACGAGCCGGUCCACGGCAAGCCCUCUGAGGUCACGGUGCAGGGAAGCGCGCUCUUCCAGGGGUUGCCGGGUCGCUUCCGCGUCGGCCGCUACCACUCGCUCUACGCCCGGCGCGUGUCGCUCCCCGACGACCUUCUGAGGUUCCACCCGGAAUCGAUCCUCUCCCUCGACGAGGGCAUCGGCAUGCGGCUGAUCGACAACAUGGUGACCGCGCUUACCGGAAACAGGGGCCCGGCGGCGGGAGAGUGA